UCCACCUCGCCGCGCGACGUCACGUUCAAUCCGACCAAUCAAGAAAUCGAAGGGGCUCCGGAGCGCUCUCUGUCUCUCAUUGGUCUUCUGAGGCGCUCUUCUGAAGUUUUGAGGGCUUUUUCCUUCCAACCGUCUCAUGACUGCGAUUGCGCAGAAGAGAGCGGAGGGCACCCUCCAUGCAAGUCACACGUCGACAUCAUACACCGAUGGGUUUUCAGCAGCUUCCUUCUCUGAGUACCCCAGGCACAAACCAUUCAUUAAUGCUGACCUAUGCCGAUCCCCCGCCAAGCCGGUAAUUGCCUAUCCAGAGAGUAACAGCAAAGCCAUAUUUUCGGCUCUGAAGAACCUGCAGGAGAAAAUACGUCGGCUGGAGCUAGAAAGGAUCCAAGCAGAAGAGAAUGUGAAAAGCCUGACCAGGGAGACCUCAGAUUAUAAAAAAGUUCUAAGUGAGCAGUUGCUGGAAAAAGAACAGUCGAAGUUGCAAGUGUUCAAGAAAAAUGAUGAGUUGGCAGCACAACUGGCAGCAGCCGAGACUCGCUGUGUACUUCUGGAGAAACAGCUGGAAUACAUGAAGGAAAUGAUAGCACAGGCAGAACUUGAAAAGACGACCGUCUUGGAGAAACAGGCCACAUUGGAAAAAGAGAGGAAUGUCGAUCACUCUCAUGUGAAGUCCAAGUUCGAAAGGUUGGAUCUGCUUGAGAAAGAAUACACACGGCUUACAUCAAUGCAGUCUCUUGCAGAGAAAAAAAUGGAAGAAUUGGAAGAGAAGCUCCAGGAGGAAGAACGUGCUAGGAAGCUGGUACAGGAAAAAGCUGCUGAGCUUCAAACAGGAUUGGAGACCAAUAGAAGGUUGCUUCAGGCCCAGGCCCAGCCAGCACCAGUCUUGAUGCCUUCAAAGCCCAAAAAGAUGAAAAAAAAAUCAAAGCAGUUGGACAAGGCUGACUCAGGAAUGACCCACUUCCACUCCCAGCCCCACUACAGGCUACGACUGGGCGAUGUGCCGUUUGUGGCAGGGAAGUCUACCAGCCCAAGCCACUCGGUCACAGCCAACGUGCAGCAUGUGCUCCACCUCAUGAAGCAGCAUUCAAAAGCCCUCUGCAACAACCGCGUGAUCAGCGAAGCCCCGAUGAGCAAGCAGAUGAACAGGGGCAGGAGAUCAUCUACGUCAUCCCUUUCUUCCACGUCCCAAGGAGACCUUUCUGAGGUGCUUCUGACAUUACAAGAUGAGCUCGGGCAAAUGAGUUUCCAACACCAGCAUUUGGCAAAACUCAUCCAUGAAGCUUCAACGAUUGCCUUAAGGGGAGACUUGGAGAAGGAUUUGGAAGUGCUUGUGAAAAAGAUGGAAGCCAAGGCUGAACAAAUCAGUAAAAUCCAGAGGCAUCGGGCACGGCUGGAGAAGCUCAAGGUCAACAAGAACAAGCAGCACUGCGCUCGGGAUUCCAGUAAAGUGGACGAAGACAAGAAGGCGAACCAGGGCGGUCUGAAGAGAAAGCCCAGUGGGCAGAGUAAGAAGAGCCUUCAGCUUCUGAGAGACAUGCAAAGCAUACAGUCCUCCCUUCAGAAGGAUGACGUCAGUUGGGAUUGCUGACCUGUCUUCCCCGUGUGGUGGUGAGGUUUUGAGGGGUUUGCACCUUUUAUCAUUAUGGCUGCAGCGGCCUAACCAGCUACAGUGCUGGAUGAAAGACAAUACCAGAGUGGCACCUUCUAAACAAAAAGGCUUCUCCUAUUCUACCUGUAUGCCUGAUCAUGUUACCACCGUGAGGGGAGCUGGGGAUGGGUAGAGAGAGAGAGAAAAAAAAAAAUAAGCCUCCCUUUAUUAUUUCAUUGCUAAACCUCACAUUGGUACCAGUGAUGGUUAUUCUGCUACAAAACAUAAUCCUUGCCCUACGGUUCUGCUUCUGACAAUUAAUUGUCUUCCUUGCUUGGGACAACUUCCUUCUAUGAGUGGAGAAAGUAGGAUUUUUUUUUUUAAAUUCAUUCGGAGAGUUGAAGGUCAACAGGGAAAAGCAUCAGAAUUAAAUUUGUUUUGCCGAAUUUUUUUGACUGCUUUAUAAACACACAGUGACUUUGAACGGAGCAACGGUAUGGAGCCCUGUGUCACUUUUGACUCUUUUCAAGGUCUCAUAAGCAGCUUUUUCUUUAAAAAGAAUCAGCUCUUCCUUCUCAGCAUGGCGAGCUCACGUUUUGAUGUUUGAGCAAUGAUGCCCGUUUUGAAAUAUGGAAAUUAUGCACAGAGGUGAGAAGGUUUUCUUUGGCAUUCAAUUAAACACCAUUUAAAAAAAACAAAUUUUAUAUCCAUUUUAGCCAUGGAAUUGACAUGAUGUGGUUUCGGAAUGAAACUGAAUUGCCAAGUUAAUUUUAUCUCAUUUCUACUGUUUUGCUGAAAAGCAGGAGGUUAAUAUAUGUAUUUUUUUUUCCCCAAAAAAAUAAAUGGUGCCUUCGAUCAUGCUGUUUAAUACUGGCAGGCAGCUUUUUAAAAACUAAUAUUCCCUAGACUAGAGGAUCAGGUGGUGGUUCUGGUACUAGGCAAUUUUAAUGUACAUGCAACAAUAUUAUUUAUUAUAUUAAUAAUGUAAAGGCUUUCCGAAGAUUGGACUGUAGUAGUAACUCAAAAUGGCUUGUGUUUUUUGAGAUCGUAUUUGGACUGCAAUAAAGGCAAAUGGAAUAAAUUA